GCCGACGUUUCGGAGGAACGUAGCGCCUCCAUCCCAGUUAAGGAUAUCCUGUGUGGGGUUGAAAAGGCUGUAAUGGUCCUACCGGAAGAGACUGCAGAGGAGAUUCGACAGAAGACAGUCAAGAUCCUCAAGGGCUCAAACAAACCCAAGGACAACCUCACUGGUGCCGAGAGAAGAGCUCUCCGAGCCUUAAAAUCCAACGAGACGCUCACGGUGCUUCCGGCCGACAAAGGUAAUGCUGCCGUGGUUUUGGCUACUUCUGACUACAACCAGAAGAUUGCUGCCCUCCUAGAGGACAAGACCUACAGGAAGCUGAAAAAGGAUCCCACUGACUCCAUAGAGCGCAAGACGUUGCUUCUCCUAAAGAAGUCCCCGUUCCCUGAAGAGAUCUGCCAACAACUACGACCACAAUGUUCCAGAACACCAAGACUCUAUGGGUUGCCCAAAAUACACAAACCUGACGUACCAUUAAGACCUAUUAUCAGCACCAUUGGCUCCCCCACCUAUCGAUUGGCCAAACAUUUGGCUUCCCUACUUAACUCCUUCACCUGUGACUCCCCACACCACGUGAGAAACUCUGCCGAAUUUGUCCACACCAUAAAAUCCCUCCGGUUGAACCCUUGUGAUAUGAUGGUUAGCUUCGAUGUGGUAUCGCUUUUCACCAAAGUGCCUAUCAAGGACACUAUGGAUCUACUAGAAGGAAACUUCGCCGAAGAUGUUUUGAGACUGUUUCGCCAUGUCCUAACCACAUCCUACUUCAGCUUCAAUGGCCAGUUCUACGAACAGACUGACGGUGUAGCCAUGGGCUCUCCACUAUCUCCAGUCAUCGCCAACUUCUACAUGAAAUACUUCGAGGAGAGAGCGCUGGAUUUGGCCCCACUCAAGCCCCGUUGCUGGUUUCGAUAUGUGGACGACACCUUCGUCAUCUGGCCCCACGGACCUGACAACCUGAAGGGUUUCCUGAACCACUUAAACAGUAUCAACCCAUGCAUUCAGUUCACCAUGGAAACCGAAAGUGAAGGCCACCUCCCCUUCCUAGACAUAGAUAUUUACAAGAGACCCGACGGCUCUCUAGGCCAUACAGUAUACCGCAAACCCACACACACAAACCUGUAUCUUAACGCCAAGUCCCAUCAUCACCCUUCCAGUAAACAGGCAGCUCUGUCCACACUGGUACAUAGGGCCAGAGCUCUGUGCGAUCAAGAGAGUCUACGUGCAGAGUUGGAGUUCCUUAAGAACAUCUUCAAGCGCAAUGGCUAUAACGACCGGCAGAUCCAGAGGGCCCUCAACCGCCAACCCAACAGCAUUCAACCUGAUGACCGCAGAGGAACUGUCGCCUUCUUGCCUUUUGUCGGGACUAUAUUCAACAGGAUCAGCAGAGUACUGUCCCGACAUAACAUCAAAUCAGUUGGCCUGCCCCCAAAGAAAAUAUCUAAUUUUCUCCGGCCUGUCAAAGAUCACCUGGGACUGAGGACACCGGGAAUUUACAGAAUUCCAUGUGAGUGCGGCAAGGUCUACAUCGGGCAGACGGGCCGUUCUGUGGACACGAGGUUGAAAGAACAUCAACGGCAUAUACGAUUAGAACAUCCGGACAAGUCAGCCGUAGCUGAACACAGCAUCGAUCUAGACCACCGUAUCGAGUUUCACAAAACGGCCAUAAUCACCAGUAAGAGCCGUUAUCUAGAUCGCAUAAUCCUGGAGGCCGUUGAGAUUGAGCUCCAUCCGAACAACAUGAACAAGGAAACAGGGUUCAGUCUCAACAAGUCAUGGAAGCCACUCAUCUCUUGCCUCAAGAGAAAUACAAGCCACUCCAAUUCUUCGCCAUGUCAUUGACGUCAGUAGCCUGUCCCCCGGUAUCAUGUCAUUGACGUCAGUAGCCUGUCCCCAACCAACUAGUUCUUCUUGCCUACCGCACUUCCUAGUGCUAUUGACCUCAAGUUCCUGGAUUUACUGGCCGUCCCCCCCCCUACUUAGUACACAUCAUAUGGUCUUUAUCGCUCUCAACAAUCUCGACAGACGUGAAACAUCCUUUCCCUCAAGAGAAUCCUACUAGCCACACCAGUUCUUCGUCAUGUCAUUGACGUCAAUAGCCUGUCCUCAACCU